AUGACAAAGAGUUAUCAAUCUGAUGAAGAAAAUUCUGAAGAAAAUAAUGAACGCGUUUCGGAGAUGCAACAACAACAAUUACUAUUACAACAAUUACAACAACAGAUACAACAACAAGAAACUUAUUAUACAGAAGAAGAUAUUCCUGAAAAACCUUUAGCAAAAGCACAAAAUAUUUUCCAAGAAAAAGCACCAAAAAGACUGACAAAAGAUAGAAUCGAACGUGAACCUGUAGAUUCGUAUAAAAGAAAAAUGCCUCAAUCAUUACCAAAUAUGUUGCCUGUUGAACAAAUGACUAAAGGAAAAAAUAUUUCUGCAAAAAAACAAACAUUUAAUCCAAAAAUGUUUGAAAAUGAAGACAAUGACUUUUCUGGACCAUUUUCUCCUUUACCACCUAUAACAAGUACUCAAAAUUUCAAUGAAAUUUUUCAAACUAAACUUCAAUCUCAUUCAAUGAAAGAUUUCAAAGAUUAUUUUCUUGAACAAGCUAAAUUAACAGGAAAAAUCGAAUGUGAUGCAAAUCUAUUAUUAACCGAUGCUCAUAUUUAUGAAUUAAGCCAAUUUGAUUGGCCUCAUCUUGAAACAAUUCGUAUUCGUGCAUGUCCUCAAUUAACACCAUUUGCUAUGAAUUAUAUUGAAAAUAUUUCUAAAAAACAUAAUGAUCGACAAAUAAAUAUCAAUGUCGAAUUAAUGUUACAUGCUCAUAAUACAAUAGAAAAUAAAACCGAUAUAAUUGAUAGUACUAUUACUAAUCUUGAGCCAUUCUUUGGAAAAAGUAUAAAAGUAUCAAUAACAAAAGUCUUAAUUUAUCAUGCUAAUAGUCACAAUGACUCUAUGUUACCAUCAAAACAAAUGAUUAUAAAUCAAAAUCGAAAAUCAAAAGAAAAUUUUCCUAUGUUACUUAAUUAUUUAUCAUCAACACAAGAUGGAUGUCAAGUAUCAUAUCUUGAAUGUGCUAAUUCAAUUCUAUUCAAAGAAUUGUGUACGGCAUUUCAUCCACAAAUAAUUUAUAUGGUUAUUUCGAAUGUUGAUGAUAUAUUCAAAUGUAUUUUCUCACUUGAUUGUACUAGAUCAUUUGUAAUUUUGCAAAAAAAACAAAUUCGAUUGAUUAUUAAUAAUAAUGAAACUGAUGAACAAGUUUAUUCUAAUAUUCAUUUAAAAUUAGAAAAUAUUUCUAAGUCUGCUCAUCAAAUUUAUUCUCAAUUUAUUAAUGAAAUACCAGAACAAGUAUCAGAGAAUGAUGAUUUUCGUCGAAAUCAUUAUCUUACUAGUUUAUUGCAUGUUCAAACAAAAUGUACAAUGUUAAAAAAGAUAUUAAGUAAAGAGCAAUGUUUAAUUUUUCGACAAAAUGAUUCAUCAUUCGUAAUAAAUCAUUUAAUGAAAGAUUCAAUCAAACAUUGUAAAACUUUAUAUAUGUUUGAUAGUAUUAACAAUAUUAGUAAAAAUGAAGAAACAAAUAAUAUAUUCGAAACAAAUGUACCAAUAAUGAAACUUGUUAAUGAAUUAAUAAGUAAAGCAAAAGAACAAAGUAGAAAUUCAACAACACAAAAUGCAACGAAAACAGCACAAAUUUAUUAUGCACACAAAUUAGUUAAUGAUAAAGUUCUUGAUAUGUAUUCUACAUCGAAUGGUAAAUCAUAUUGUAUUUCGGAUAUUGAAUGGUUUUGCGAUACAAUGAAUAAUCUCUUCAAUAUUGAAACACGUACUAAUCGAAAAACUGAACAUAUUUUAAAACAUUGCAAACAAACUCUUGGUACAAAUAUUCGUUUGAUUUCCAAAACUAAUUUUAAAAAAUUAAAAAUCAAUACAGAUGAAAUGAAUUUCUUUCAAUGGUUAUUCAAUACAUGGAACAUUGCUUAUCCAGUAUCCAUAAUGAAUCAAAGUGAUAAUAAUAUGUUUGUUCUUUUUAAUUCCAUAUCAUCAGAGCCACCUGUUCCAUUAAAUAUUAUUUGGAGUAAAUCUUGGCCAACAAGUGAAUAUGAAACCGAAAUUAAUUUUCAUUUAUUACAUCCAUGUGAUGCAUCAAUUCUCUUUCAUCUCUAUAAAUUAUUUCCAUCACAAAAAUUAUUACUUGCUUCAAAACAUUUCUUACUUAUUCAAGAAGGAGCAAUCGAAAUUUUAGUUCAAUAUCAUCAAAAUAUUGAUCAUCAUACGAGUAUCAGUAUUACUUUUCGUUCACUCAAUUUAAAUACAUCCAAAGAUUCAUCAGAUGCAACUGUUAGAUUAAUGGAAGAAUCAUUUCAAUAUGUUCUUCGAGAAUAUUACAUUAUUAUUUGGGCAUUUUUAUUCAGACAUGAUUAUGCUUUUAAAAUCGAAGAAAAAAGCAAAAAUCCUUCUAAUACCUUCGAAAAAUUAAAUGGUAAUGAAUUGAUGUAUCAUCAAUGGAAAAAUUUGGCACUUUAUCAUUAUUCAUCAGCACCUACUCUUAGUUCAACUUGUUCUGUAUGUGGUCUUCCUCCUACAGCAAACAAAGCUCUUUAUGAUGCAUGUACAAUAUUAUCACCUGCACGAUAUACAAUACAAAAGAAAAAUGACACAGAUGAAAUAGAUAAAAAUGAAGAUCAAUCGGGUUUAUUAAUAUUUCAACUUGAAACUAAACCAUUUUCUUAUACAGGCAAACAUAGUAUGCGACCAGAUGGAUGUAAUUCAUUUGAAGUUGUUUUAUUAAGUACCGAUAAAGAGAAUGAACAAUUGAAUUCUCCAAUAUUAGCAUUCAUUCAAAUUGGGUGUUUAGUGAAUAAUUUUGAUAUAAAAGAUGAUGAAAAGAUCCUUUUUGCAUAUGGUACUGAAUCUAAAACAGAAACGAAAUCUCGUGAUGUCCCACAAUCACAAGAAACUAUUCAAGAAUCAUUUUUAGAUGAAAUUCGUAAUUUUGGUGGUGUAAAAGGUUUAAAAGGUGCAAAAAAUAAAUCUCAUAAAAAAACUGAAUUACAAGAACUUUAUAACGGUUUACGAUUACGUAUUGAUAUAUUAUUUACUGAUAAAUCGAAUACAUAUGAAUUAGUAUUUUCAAUCAAUGAUAUUCCAUGGUCUCGUCAAACAAUUAAACGUAAAUCAACUCAAACAAUAUUUCAACCGAUUAUACAAAGUUCAGGAAUUCAUGAUUCUGAACGAAAUAUCAAUCUAAUUGUUCAUCACAGAAAAUCAGCACUUGAUAAAUCAAUUAUUACUAGUUCUACGUCAGGUACAAAACAAAAUCCAUGGAAAGUUGGUAUGCGUCUUGAAGCUAAAGAUCGAAAAAAUCCAAACAUAUUAGCUAUUGCUAAUAUUAUCGAAGUUUAUGAUGAUAAUCGUAUACGUAUUAAUUUUGAUGGAUGGACAUCAACAUUUGAUUAUACAGUUGAAACAGAUAAUUCUGAUCUUCAUCCUUGUGGUUAUUGGGAAUAUGUUCAACGUGUUUUAUAUAAAAAUUCAAAUACAUCUAAAUUAAAUCCACAUUUUACUUUUACUCGUUAUGAUAAACCAAAAUCUUAUGAUGGUCAAUUUAGUUGGCGUAAUUAUUUAACAGAAAAAAAUCAAGAUCCAGUACCAUUCGAAUGUUUUAAUUAUAUACAAACAGAAGGUAUGCCUGUUGAAUAUUUUCCACAUGGUAUAUCAAGAGCUGCAUUUACUUGUCUUUCAUGUCGUCAUUAUUAUAAUGUACGAGUUAAAUAUCAUAAAAUGAAUACAUUCAUUCAAGAUGAAAUCGUUAAUAAAAUACUUUAUGAACAUCAUAUAGAAUCAAGUAGUCCUACAAUAACAACAAGUCCAGGUGUAGUUUUAUUACCAACACCAUUUGAUAUAUCAACUUUUAUAUAUCCAUGUUUGAAACAUUUUCAAAAUUCAUCAAAUUUUCUUAUACAUUUAACAUGCAAUCAUCGAAGUAUUUCUCCACUGGAUUCAACAACUAUUAUAUCUGGUGCACAUUUAAUGGAUACUGAUGGGGGUAACAUUAAAACAAGCGAUCUCAAUAUGCCACUAGUUACAAUAUGUAUGUUAACUGCUAUUGAUCUUGCUCGAAAUCAAAAACGUCUAAUUGCACCUUCGACAUCAAAAUUAAUUUCAAAUAAUAAUAAUAAGACUUUAUUUGAUAAACGUCAUAUUGAUUAUUAUAUGCGACGUUGGCUUGAUUUAAGUGCUUAUAUAACAUGUUUUCAUUCAACAAACUUUUAUAAUAAGCGUCCAUCAUCAAUGAGUCUAUCUCAAGACAAUGCUAUACCAUUUUAUACAUCUUAUACUGAUGCAGAUCUAUAUACUAGUCUUAAUAAUGGUCUUAGUUCAAUAACAAUUGAUUCAUCAUAUCCAUUGAAUACAAAUAAAGAAAAUCAAUUCGGUAAAUAUGGUGAAUGUUAUUAUUGUUGUUUACUUCGUAAAGAUGAAAUAAAAGAUCGAACUGAUAUGUCAUUACAAAAACGUAUCGAAUUAAUUGGUGAUUAUGCAUCAAGUAUAUUUUAUCUUGAAUUAUAUAAACAAGAAAAAAAUUUAAUUGAAAAUGGUUUAAUAUUAAAUGAUGAAUUUUUUCUUAAAUUUAAUGGUCUAGAAAUAAUUGAUAUAACAAAUGUCAUUAUUGAUUGUUUUCAAUUAAAUAAUAAGAAUAUAUAUUGUUUAAAAAAUUUAACAUAUCUUUCACUCGAAAAUAAUGAUCUUUCAAUAUUUCAAAUUGAUUUUCAAUAUUUAAAUCAAUUAACUUAUUUAAAAUUAAUUGAAAAUCCAUUUGAAUCAUUACCAUUAAAUUUUUUAUCAUCAACAUCAUUACAAUAUGUUGAAUUAGCUAGACUUGGUCGAUUAAUUGAAAUUGAUUAUAAUACAAGAAUAUCAUCGAAAUUAAAAACAUUAUUAAUUACAGAAAGUAUAUUAACAACAUUACCACAAACAUUAGCAACAGAUGCUCGAGAUAAAUUGACUAAAUUAACAUUGAAUGGUGUUCCUUGGUGGGGUGCUAGUGGAUUGAGUGUUAAUGAAGUUAUUAAAUAUGAUUCAUUUCUUAAAAAAUUUGUCAUAUAUCUUGAUUCUGAUGAAUUAGGAAAAAUUUAUCAUAUGUAUGAUGAAGAUGUUAAUGGAGUUUUAUCAUUUUCUGAAAUUAAUUUAAUGAAUGCUCAUAUGUAUCGUUACAUUCCACGCUUAAGACCAUCGACUACGAAAAUGCCGAAUUCUGGUCGAUCAUCUGUUGAACCAACAAAUACAAAUGAAUUAGAUAAUUUAAAACAAGAUUCAUUUAGUAGUGAUUCAUCGGGUAUUCCAUCAGCGAUAUUUUAUCUUGAAAAUUUAACUGAACUUAGUAUUGAAUAUCAAGGAAUUAAAGUUAUACCAGAUGCAAUCAAAAAUUUAAAAUCUUUAGUUAUAUUUAAUUUAAAUUAUUGUAUUGAACUUGAAACAUUAAGUGCAGAAGUAGGAUUUUUACCACUUCGAGAACUUAAUUUAACUGGAUGUGUCUCAUUAAAAACACCACCAAUGGAAAUAAUACGUCGUGGUCAUACACAAACAAUGGCAUUUUUACAACGAUUAAUUAUGGGUUCUACACCAUGUAAAAGAACAAAACUUAUGUUAGUUGGUCUUGGUGGAGCAGGCAAAACAAGUUUAGUUCGUGCAUUUCUUGAAUCACAUUCUGAUACACCACCAGCAGUUACCGAUGGUAUUGAUAUUGUCAAAUGGCAAGUGCCAUUAAAUGAACCUGAUGAUGUUCUUGAAUUUAGUGUAUGGGAUUUUGCAGGACAAUCUGUUUAUUAUCAUACUCAUCAAUUUUUUUUGGCUAAGAAAGCUGUUUAUGUACUUGCAUGGAAUAUUCGUCUUGGAGCUGAACAUGCUGGUCUUGAUUUUUGGCUUUCUUCAAUUUGUUGUCAUGCACCAAAUGCACCAAUAUUUGUUGUUGGUACACAUUCAGAUUUAGUAUCUCGUAUUGAUCUACGUCAAGAUGAUCUUAAACGACGUUAUCCUCAAAUAACUGGAUUCUUUAAUGUUAGUACACAUACAGGUGAUAAUGUUAAAGAAUUAAUUGAUAGUAUUAUUAAAACAACAUUAGCAUUACCUUAUAUGGAUGAAUUAAUUCCAAAAGCUUGGCUUAGUUUUGAAAAAUUGAUUGCUGAAUGUGAUGAUGAUAUACUUGAAUACAAUGAAGUAGCAAAUAUAGCUCAUAAUGCUGGCGUAUUUGAUCCAGCUGAAGUUCUUCAAUCGAUACAAUUCUUACAUGAUCUGGGCUCUUUACAAUAUUUUUCUUCAGAACAUUUAAAAAAUUAUGUUGUUAUUAAUCCACAAUGGAUUAUUAAUGUUAUGGCAUGUAUUGUUAGUAUUAAAGAUAGUCCUGUUAGAGAUGGACGUCUGUUCCAUUCAGAUAUAGAUGUCAUUUGGGCAGAUUAUGAUAGACAAUUACGUCCUUGGAUUUUAAAAUUAACUGAAGCAUUCGAUUUAACAUUUCCAGUGCCUGAUCAAAAUAUGAAUUUAGUACCAUGUCUUUUACCUGAAGAAGAACCAGAGUAUACAUGGAAUGAUGAUCUUAGUGAAACAGACAUACGAGAAAUGAAGAUUACUUAUACCUUUAAUUAUUUACCGGCCGGUUUAUUCAAUCGGGCACAAGUUCGUCUUUUUCAAUUUUCUGAUAAAUCAACAAUUUGGCGUUAUGGUUCAUUACUAGUGAAAAAUAAUCAUCGAGCAGUUAUAAUACGUACAGAUGAUCGACAUAUUGUCAUUAAAAUUCAAGGUGUUCGACCAGAUAAUAUUCUUUUUUUAAUUCAUGAAGUAUUUGAAAAUCUUGUUAAUGAAUCAUUUUUUGGUGUUACAUAUGAUAUUGCUUUUCCAUGUCCAGAUUGUCUUGAUUCUCGCCUAAAUGAACCGUGGCAAUUUUCAUCUUCACUUAUUAAUCGAGCUAUUGAACUUAAAUCACCAUCUAUUCAAUGUCAUCGAUUUUUUCAUGUUGCAUCUGUUACUGAUUUACAAGCACUUAUUCCACCAGAUAGUAAAAGUAAUUAUGAUUUACAUUUGGAAUAUUCUGUACGUGAUCUUAAAUCUUAUAAACAAACUAUGGCAGUUGAUAUUGUAUAUAUCUAUCCACCAGACCAUAUUCCAACAACAUCAGAAAUCGAGAUUAAAGUUGAUCCUAGAAAAAUUAAAGAUGAUUUAACAAAACAUCGUUUAACAAUUUGGACACCAGAAUCAAUGAAAGAUUUUAAAAUUGAAAAUCAUUUUUUAGUCAUUAAAGAAGCAAAAAUUGUUAUAUUUGGUAUUUCAACUGAAUUAAUAGAUAAUCCUGAUAAUAGAAACUUAUAUGAAGCUUUACAAACAAUAAUAAAUAUUUUACGUAAACCAAUUAUUCCAGUUAUAUUCGGUCAUGAUAUGAAAUGGAAAGAGAGUGAUAUUGGUGUUGCAUUAUCAGAUAAACUAUAUGUUAGUAUGCAAGAUCUAAAACGAUAUGACUAUCGUAUAAAACAAUUAAUGGAUUUAGUUGAACAAGAAAAAAGUCAAAAUAAUCCAAAUAAACAAAUACGAGAUCAACCAACUGAUGUUUUUAUAAGUUAUUGUUGGGUAAAUUCACAUGAUGCUGUUAGUAAAGGUACAAAACCAACUGCGACGUCAAUUGGAUGGGGAGAUCCUCGGAUUUUAAAAGAUUAUUUUGAAGAACGUGGAUUACGUGUUUGGAUGGAUAUUAAUUGUUUAGGAAGAGCCGGUGUACUUCACGAUAUUGUUCAUGGUUUAAAAAAUACAAAACUUGUUAUAGCAUGUGUAUCCGAUGAAUAUACACAAAGUGAAGUUUGUCGUAAUGAAUUUUUAUUUGCAAAAAAUACAUUAAGGCUUCCUGUUGUAUUGGGUAUAUUUGGUAUUGGUGAUAAAUGGCGAACAACAGAAGUAGGGAUGUGUAGUCUAACAUGUCCACAAGUGAAUUUUCAAUUUGAAAAUCCAAGUGCAUUUGAGGAUAUCUAUAAUCAUAUUCACAGUAAUUUACCUAAAAGAUUAGCUUCAGCUAAAGAUACAUCAGUAAACGCCAUUACAAAACCCGGCACUGAAGAAACAACAACAGCUGCUUAUCAAGAAUUAUUUGAAUUAACACAACGUAAAUUUCUUCGUGUAACAUCUGGUUUUGCUGAAACAAUGAAUGCUCGAGCUUAUCCUCGUUUAUUUGCUCUUGAUUUUAUGGGUGACAAAGAGAGAUCAGCACAAGAAUUAGCUCGUAUUGAAAUGGCCACGCAAAUGAAUACACAACGGCAACAACAAGAUGAACAAGAGAAUACAGAACGAGAUCUUGAAGCUGAACGACAACGAGAUGAAGAACUUCUUCGUGAACAACAAGAAGCUAAAGCAACUGCAGAUGGGGAUUCUAAAGAAAAGGAAACUGUCAAAGAAAAAGUUAAAACAUUAUGUAUACGUGUACUUUGUGAAAACGAAGAAAAUUGGCAUACUGCUGGAAAUCCAUUUGAAAUUACUGAAAAAAUUGUAAUACAAAAUAGUGCAUUAUAUUUAUCACGAAUGAUGCUUCUUCUCAAACAAAGUGAUUUACCAUUAGAAAUGCUUACUAGUGAUGAAGGUGAAAUUGAAUUACAAAAACUUACUGAAAUUGCAAAUUCUAUGACUAUGGAAGUAAAAGAUUCUUAUGGAUAUUUGCGUCGAUGUGUAAUGGAUUGUGAUUUAGAAGAAAAAUAUUCUGGUCUUAAACAAUGUCUUAUGCCAUCAGGUAAAGUUUUGUGGCUUUGUGAAGAACAUCAAAACCAACCACGUGUUAUACUUGUUACCGGUUCAAUGGCUGGUGGUUAUAAUCGUCCGCAAGCUGAAGAAAAGAGUGAAAUAAUGAAAGCAUUAGUUAAACUUAAUGAACGGAUUGCGAAUAAUGAACUACCUCCUCCUACUAUCAAAGUUCCUAGUAUUGAAAGUGUUCGUCGUUUAUCAACAGAAAAACAAUCGCAAAGCACUCGUCAAUCACAAAGUACUCGUCAUUUACAUCGAUUUAGUCAGCAAGAGUCUAUAUUGAUUAAAUCUCAACGACAAAGUACUUUACUAAUUGAUAAAAAUAUUGAAGAAAAUGAUGAUGAAAAUAUUCAAACAACUUCAAAUGAAUUAGAAAAUAAUGAUGAAAAUCUAAAACAAGAAGAUAGUACAUUAGUCGAAUCGACUGACUGUUCAAUUAUGUAA